CUGUAUUGUCCCAGCUGUUGAAGACUACGCUGUGCUCCUCGCUCCACUCUGCUCAGUGACUUUAAAAUUUGCAUCUCUUUAUUUUACUUGCACUUGAGAAGAUUUCAAGUGUAACAUACAAAUUGAACACUAAAGGUGAUGAAAAGAUUUUCAGAUAAUUAAAUAUGAAGCAUGACGCGAUAACAUUUUGAAAAGUGUAAACUGAAAGAGAAAUUAUGAAAAUAAGUGAUAGAGUUACCUGAUUCAAGAGGCCAGGCGCCAGGCUCCUCCUGCUGGAGUGAUGAAGCAGUCGGUGAGGAGAGCCAUGGUGGGCCUCCUGCUGGCGACACAGCGGAGGUGGGCGGCCAUGGGCGUGACGACGCUCCUCUGGGGCGUGGGCGUCCUGUGCGUGUUCAUCCUGUAUCUUGCGUACAUGCAACCCACAGGUGUACAUGUCGUGUGUGAGUGUGGGAGGGAGGUGGAGACGGCGGAGAGGGCUGCCAGGCACCUUCCUCACCUCAUGGCUGAACUGGACCCGGCCUCUAACAGGACGGCGGAAGAGGCCGCGGAGGCGUGGCACCCGUCCCUGGCGGUGAAGUUCCUGGUGGCGCAGGAGAACAGGGGCUCCCGCUGCCACGUCACCCCGGGGCUCUUCUCCGUCAGGCACUCCAACCUCUACUGGCAGGAGGCACUCGUCUCAUCCACCACCUUCCUUAUCUACGGUGCCUACUACGACCCCAGGGAUCACCACGAAGGGCCGCUGGUGAGAGUGUUAGUGAUGGUGGAGGAGCCCUGGCCGCCCACACCCACCUGUCACCUCUGGUACUCCACCGACGCAGUACCCACAGCCACCAAGGCCAUACGCAUGGAUUAUAUCCACUGGCAAGAGCCCCUCGCAGGACAUUGGAUGCCUUACCUUGUGACUUGUCGCGCCAGGAGUGACUCCAAGGGCAUGCCGGAGGUGGUGUCCCUGGUGUCUCACGCCUGCGACCAGUCCACCAACGCCCUCAGGGUCUACCACCACCAGCAGCAACAGCAGCAGCAACAACAGGAGCACCAGCAGGAGUCAGGAGAAGAGCAAGAGGAAGAACAAGCCGAGUCGUCAACAGGAGAAAAGAAGGAUCUCGCCCUGUGCCAUAAAUUCAUCUUUAACCCCAGCAAGGACUUCUCCAAGAGACUGGUGGAGUGGCUGGAGGCGGCGCGGGCGUGGGGGGUGGACGAGGUGACCGUCUACGAGGGAGGAAGCGUCCACCCAAACGUCAGCAGCGUCCUGCAACACUAUCAGCACCAGGGCUUCCUCCACCUGCUCCCCUGGACCAACCCGGGCUUCCACCCCUCCAUACCUCACCUGAACCGUGCCCUCUACGAUACCCAGAGAUAUGACUUAUUCACGAUGGAGAACGUGCCCUACACGGACUGCCUUCUGCGCCACAUCAACACCCACAGGUAUGUGGGCGUGUGGGACAUGGAUGAGUUUGUGCUACCCACCGCCCACGCCUCCAUCCCGGCCAUGCUGGACGAGGCCAAAGCCAGGGCAGAGUCCCUGGGCCUUCGACCAACUUCCUACCUCGCCCGCUGCUCCUACUACUUCGAUGACCAGUCUGAGGAGCCCUCCGAUGAUCUACCAGAGUACCUGCACCUGCUGCGCCAUGUUACCCGCACCGUCAAGAUAACACCUCUCGGAGUUUUCACCAAGUCCCUCCACGACACUUCCAACGCCCUCGCCCUCCACGCCCACUUCGCCCUCUUCAACCUCAAUGGUACGGUAGAUCGGAAUCGCGAUCUGUACCAUCUUUACCCAGGGAACGAGGCCCAUCUUGCACAUUACAGGGCCAAGUGCCAAGGUGAGAGCCAGGAGGAGUGUCAGACGGACUUCCGGCCAUUCCAGACUCGUGACACCACCAUGUGGAGACACCGGCACGCCAUCACACGCGCCACCACACAAGUCCUCCUCGCGCUGAGACUUAUCCCGCCUUGAAGUGGUUAAUUGUGAGGACACGCAGAGGCGACCGUAAAUAGCUCUCCAAGAUAAUGCACAAGAGAGGAAAACAGGUAAAUUAAGUCAUAAAAGUGCUUCCUUCCUCUAGUGAGAUUAAGAAGUCAUUCAUAGCAAAGCAGAAGAGAAUGACAAUGUACACCAAGAUCCUUGCUUGGGACUUUCCUUAUCCCACACUCUUCCGCUUCAACCUUCACAUUUCUCAGUACUGAUUUUUGUGUUCACAAUUAGAUUUGGUAAUAAAUUAACUUAAUAAAUACCCUAAGGAAAUAUU